AUGCUACCAACCAAUUUGGCCGCUAGCUACGUUCGAUACAAGACAGACACAAACACCUUCGUUUCAUGGCUGAACGCGACAGCUAUAUCAUGUGGCCACAAGACCCCAUUCGUCGCCGAUGAGAACGAGCCCAUUACUAUCACAAAGGCCAAGGUCGAGCCCAUCGCCGCUACUGGAAAAUUGAAAGGCAAAGCGCGAAAGGAAGCACAAGCCAAGGGAGAGGCGAAUGCUAAGGCCGAGAAGGAAGCAAAGCUUGAGGCCAAGACCAAGCAGCGACAAGUCAUUUCCACCGCGCAGGUCUUAAAGCAAGCCAAGAUUAUCGUGGCUUCGCCGAUGAAGAUAUCAGUCCCGCUCUACAUCCAAACCCUAUUGAGGCAGGCUAUCCAAGCACGGAAGAGAUGUACACAAUGGUUUACCACUGUCGUUGCAGAAGAUAAGCAUUCGGUCGGUGAUCUGGGCAAGAGAAAUCAAAGCCACGAGCACUUCAUUCGGGUCUUGGAAGAGGCAUUUGAUAUCUUGAAGCCUUGCUUUGAGAUGCCGAAGAUCACCAAGACUCGGAAUGCAUCAGUUGCUGAUGAGAUGGCUGAUAAUAUCAACAGUCAAUUCGAAAAAAUCGACGCCGAUGCCGACCUUCCGUUAACCGUCUUCUGUUUCUACGAAGAUAUACACGUCCUGCGGGGAAUCAUAGUGGAGACAUGGAUUCUAGUGGCCGACGGCAAACUGAACUAUAAAGUCGCCGCUCUGAUAACCAAUGUUGCAUUGGAGCUUGUGGCUAAGGCGGAACGCGAGCUCGUUCAACAAUUUCCAAGUGUUGGAGGAUGUACUUACACAUCCAUUACCUCGACGAUUUACCCCGUCCGCUUCUUUGAAACCAGGUCACCGGCGAAGGUGCCCUCUUCCGCAGAAGCCAUGAAAGAUGUAGAAGAGGGCUUGGGCAAAGUGUUGAAUACGGGAGGAGAUGAAGACAGCGCAGGUAAUGGAGAAGGGCCUGGAACAAGUCUGGACCGUCGACCCGAGACCCAAGAAAGCACAAUGACUAUGGACGAUUUUGUACUGACAUACAUCUUCCACUCACUCGAGAAGUGUCAUACCAUGAUCACAUUCACUGGCAAUUUAUCUCCAAUGGUCAUGCCAAUCAUGUUUUUCUACGGAAAAGAACCCGAAUUGAUACCUAUGGGGAGCAAUACAUCUAUCGAAGACGAGAGACUGUCGCUAAUCAUGCUGGAUAUUGAGAUCAAUAAGGUUCCAGUGGCGAGGAGAAAAGCAAUGGAAGAUGCACGACGAUCCGAUACGCUCGACCAAUCAAAGCUGCAAGAAUGCCGGUCAGAACCAGUCCAUGAUGAAAUUACGAAAGCGUUGGACGAGGCACGCGAACCUGGUGAACUCAAGAUCUCACAGGUAGUCGCGGCUCGUGCACUAUUGGAUAUCUUGGAUGUGGUUGGAUAUGACAGAGGACAUGAAUUCUACGAGGAUCUUCUUACCACAGCAAGUAGAGCGGAUGCUCGUCUCGGGAUUACCUGGACGACCGAUGUGGAGAAUUCCCAAAGCAGGAUCGAGCAGGAUGAUCAUGAGUUACUCGCCACAUGGGGACAUGUUGAUGCUGUCAACGCCGCUGUCUUACUUUCCUGGCGAGUCAACACGGUGAUCAAGAGACCAGAUUUGGUCCUCUACAAACAUAUUGAGCGGAGAGAGUCCUUCAGCGAAGACUUUGACAACUGGAGCCCAGACGUCAUGGCUUACUUGGAGGAACUUGGCGUUGAACCGAAAAAGCUUGUUCCGUCUCCUGACCCAUUGUUCCUAUUCCGCCAUCAGCCCGUCUACUCAGGUCUCGAAUCGUUGAGAAUGGAUGUCGAAUUGCAUCAGAUAGGGACGAACUUGGCGAAUGACUUCCUUUCCUUUACGACGAUGGCUCAUCUAUAUAACGCUUUGCAGCUAUCAAAGAAAGUGUAUAGUCGAUGGCCACUCAUGGACCAAGCCAUUGGAGCCAAUAUAAGCCGGGUCUUCAACGGAUCACUGCCAACCACCCUAAAGCAGUGUGCUACUCGUUUUUUGGUCUUGCUUGGGGUUCCACUGAAAUAUCUAUCACCAACGAACCGUCACAAUCCAAACUUUUUAGCCAUCGUUCGCAAGCAAAAGGUCUCCAUAGAAGCACUAGACAUGUCUAAACACCUGCAAGGGUACUUUGCCGGUCAUGAUAGUGGCGAGAAGCUUCUUUUCAAUGUGCGGAGAAGCCAGAAAUCGGAGGUGACAAAGAGAUCAGAUCCAAAUCACGGCGAGCUGUUGAUAGACCUAAGGGACCGAAUGCAAGAAAGUAUCGCUGCUCUUCAGUUUGACAUGAUCAGUCUCGUAAGAUCAUGCAAUGCGCUGUUCCAGACAAUCAGGUCCAAUUCAAAAUCAUUGGCCGGUGCUCCUCAGCAAGAAUUGGAGGAAAUUGGUGGCGGAGUGAUUCCAAUAUGUAAUCAUAUCAUUGUCCUGGAGAUCCUGGACGAGUUACAGACUAUGCAAGCACAUAAAGGAUGGACAGCCAACUCAACCGAAGGGAUCAGGAAAAAGCCAGUGUUUGUUGUUGCAUCAGAGACUAUCGAGGACUUUUUGCAGAAUGGAAAUCGGGAAGCGAAGGUGGAACCUUUUGAUGUACUUGCUUCUAUGGAAGAUUAG